GUAGUCCACUAGUUGCAACAUGUUUCCCGCUGGUGUCGUAGUGAACAGAGCCGCCACCGGCAGGUGACAUAGAAAGAUAAAACAACGACUGUCGGCUUCAUGUUGACCAUACACAGAGAACGGUAGCUGUUGAUGUAAGUUAACACAGUUUUAGAGCGAGCACACAACAUACUCCACAAAGAGGAAUAUGACCGUUUAAGUUACCUGUGAUGAUACAGGGCUUCGGGAGCUGGUCAUACAAAAUCUGAAGAUUUGAUUGGUGGAUAGUUGAGGAAGGUAGAAGAUACAGUGAAACGCAGUGUUGAGUGGAACAGGGCUAUGGAUUGUGCCCUGCUUCACCAGGAUAGAAGAACCGCCUAUAGCUUUAUCACCAGGCAUCACAGAUAUUAAAUUUAUCUGUGUUUUUAGGAAUCUUUGUUGGAGACAAAAAGCUGAGGGUUUAAAAUCUUGAAUUAAAAGUUGUAUAAAACAUUUCUUAAGACCUCAGCAUUUCCAUCGUAUUAUUUUUUUGUGGAUUGAUGGUGGUGCUUCCACAGGAGAAAUGUCACGCGAACGUAACGAAGACCUUGUUGUGCUCCUAUUUAAUUCAUGUGGUGAUGGAGUUACCUCCAUGACCAGAGGACCAAAGGUGUUAUGGAUCUCCACGAGGUGGCCUUUGGUGUUGCUGUAUGCAGUUCCUUUUGUUGCUUUUGUUUUAAUAUUGUUCUCCCUUUCUUUGAAAGAUGAACCAUUCCUGGCUCUGGUUCAGUUUCUUAUUUUGGACACUGAUACUCGACAGGUUUUAGAGGUGUCACAGACGAAGGUGUCACAACUGAUUUUUAAAUGAAGUGGCUGAACCGACCUGGCCCAUGCCAGAUGUGUCUGGCUGUCGAUAAAGGCAGUGAUUACAGGGCAAGAGACUGCACCAGGGUAAUAGAAGUCGAAAUGGUUGCGGUAAAACCUCUUCUUAUAUAGCUUCGUGACACAAGACAUUUUGUUCAGUCUACACUCUCAUGAUUUUGGUCUCGCGUUUCCAUGCAGGACAGGAUUGGGAAGAGGCAAUAUGGUUCCCGCUGAACAUUUCACAUCUUUCCUGCAGCCAGUGGCCAACUACAACGUUAACCAAUAGCAGAGGCAUGACCAGGGUGGAUUUGGGAUAUACAUUACUAUUCCAAUGUUACAAUAACCAGCUUUGAUAAUUUGAGGGAAAGAUGUUCGGGCAAAUGUGAAGUUGUAGGGGUUGGUCGGUUCGACCACACCAUCCUUCUUCACGGUAAAUCGUUUGACUGCUGAGACAAAUUGUUGGACAAGUUCCUGGGCAAUUUUUUAUCUUUGGUCAUGCCAGACAGGCAAUGAGCUCUGUCAUGGAGGUUAGUGUCUUGUAACCUCUUGUAACAUAUGUAACCUCUCUGCAAUUAACAAUGAUACCCUUGGAGGUUACAUCUGGAAUCAAUUUGAUUGGUUCUAUGUCUGAAGCCUCAAUAACCAAGAUAUGUGGCCAAUAGUCGGAUCGAAUAGACGUAGUAGUCAAUGUGUUGUCCUUUUUAACCAGGGUGUUGGGUAGCCAUGUCGAAAAGAUAAUGAUUCAGCAUAUCUUUUACCCACCUGCCAUGGACUGUCAACAAAGUCUUAUACUGCAGCGGAUAUCCAAGCUGUAAAGACCGAGGAAAAAGGAGUUGUAUACUCGAGGAAAUUAGAAGGAGCUAUCUACCGAAUAAAAAGUCAGGCUGGUUCGGCUAAUGACAAUCAAUUAAAGACGCACAGCAUUCGGAGGUCAGCAUGACCAGAUUUACCAAUGAGCUACUGCAUUUGGAGUGUGAAGUCUCACGAUCAGACAUGUCGCACAAAGAAAUCCUGCGACGUCAUCAUCGAUUGCUGAAGGAGAAACUGGAAGUGACACUGGUUCUUGACAAACUGUACGAACGCGGCAUAUUCAGCAUUGAGGACAAAUAUAAAUGCAAGGCCAAUUUCGGUAAAUAUGCACAGAGCGAUGAAUUGCUCAUCAUCCUCACAAGGAAAGGAAAAGAGGGAUAUGAUAUCUUCAUGCAGAUACUGAACGAGGUUCAACCGUACCUGAUAGACCAAAUUGUGCUGCGAGAAUCAAGUCGGCAAGAUAACAGCAGUGUAACAGGCGCAAGGUUACUCCAACUAGAGGUAAAACAAAAGGAAAUUGAGGAAUUGAAAGAAAGGUUACUCAAACGUGAACAGUCUAACAUCAAACUAAAGGACAGAGUUCGACAAAUUGAAAGGUUUCAUGAACAGAAGGAAGGUGGAGCAACUGGUGGAAGGGAAACACAUUCAGAUACAGGUUUUUCCAAUGCUGUCAUCUCAUAUUUUCUAAAAUCGGCAAAAACGAACAACACUUUCAUCCUCCUGUGUAUACAUCUGAAGUAUGACAAAGAUAGAGUCAAUCUCGCCAAUGUCCACAUCAACACAGAAGGAGACCUGGUCAACAGGAAGUCGGACACCAGACCUGCAGGGGAGGGGAGACUGAAGAAGUACUGUGGCACAUGUAGCACUGCCCCCCUCCCCCGGGCUGGCUGUCCCCAGUACUGGGAGGUGGUGUCUAGGGUCAGUCUGGACGAACCAGUCACAGGGACCUGGCUCAUCCUGGAGGUGGGUGUAUGCAGGGAGGGGCAGAGGGACGUGCAUUAUUGUAUAGGUGGACAACAGAGCUCCUACAGCCUGGGGGUCUGCCACUGUCUUACACACGGUGGGAUAUGCAGGAGGACAUGGAAGGAGGAGAAGCGUGUGCUGCAUCUGCCUUGCACUCUCCCCGACACAGCAGGGGCAUCACACACACUACAUUACGGUGUUGUCUAUGAUGACGCCAGGAAGAAGAUUAUCUUCAUUGAUGUGAAGGAGAACAAAGUGAUAUCGACGUUAGACAAUGUAGACUCUAGUCAGCCACUGUGGCCGCUGUUUGGGGUGUAUAACCCAUCUAUCCUCACUGUCAGCAUGACACUUGUAGUUGGCAGCGACAUCAACAUGACAGAGGAGAAGAAAGAAAUUAUUCUCAAAGCGUUGUCGUGAUGGUGACAAUGAUUGUCAAGGCGCUGUCGUGAUGGUGACAAUGAUUGUCAAGGCACUGUUGUGAUUGUGGCAAUUGAUGGUUAUUAUUAACCCAAUGUAAAUGUCAGUAGUUUGGCUUUUUUAAAAAGAUAUUUAUCAAACUGAACUAAGUAUAAUCAUUUGGAAUUAUAUUUGAUACAUGUGAUUAUUUAGAGAAGUUAUUGUUCUGUAAAUGGUGCCAAAAUCAACAGUGUCAUACCGUAUUUAUUUAGGCGAGGUGAAAUCGAGUUUAACGUCGCGUCCAACAUUAUUGCACUUAUAUAGCAACGUGCACGCACGUGUGUGUGUGUGUGUGUGUGUAUGUGUGCUUGUGUUAGUCCGUAUUAAUGCCGAUUUUAUAGUUAGAGCCCACUG